GUGCUGUUUUGUCUAAAACCAUGAAGAGGCACAUUGUUCGCUUGUUAGGUUCAAAACCUUUCCACCUUAAUGGGAAUAAACCCUCGUUGCAGUCUCGUAAGAUAACUAUUUGUAGUCGGUUAAACAAAGAUGACUUCAACUUUCCAAUCAGCCCGAACGACAUGCCUCGCUCUGGAGGUAUCGCCUCAAUGAUGCGCCUUCCAGUACCGAGCAGCGCAGAGGGUCUAGACGCCUGUUUUGUGGGAAUUCCUCUGGAUUCAGGAACCUCAAACCGAUCUGGGACUCGGUAGGUUGUAUUGGAAAUGUUUGCCUUUUUGGCGCGUUGAAUCUUGUACAUUUGCGUGACUUGGGCGUCACGGAUGGCCAUGUUUUCCCUAAGAGACCUCGCUCGAGACCCUCGUAAAAAUGAAGAACUGUGUUACCCCAAAAUCAGAAAAUGUGCGACACCAUUCUGGUAACUCUGUUGAAAAUGCAUCCCUAUAAUAGUCAAUCCAGUCGUAAAAAUUCGACCUCAUCCAGCGGCACAUCCCCAUUAGGUGUUAUAAGGGAGUAAUUACCCUCCCCCCCCCACGUGUCAAAGACCCUGGCCAUGGGGAUGAGGCUGCUUCAAAGCUGCUUCAGAAUAGACUUCUCCUUGAAAAGCUUCUACUUUGAAAUAAACAAGGUGUUGGUAGGAACAUAUCACUGGUUAAUGUCUUGUUUUGCAGCCUUGGCCCAAGACAAAUAAGAGCAGAGUCUUGUAUGCUUCGUCCAUACAACAAUGUCACUGGAGCUGCCCCAUUUGAGAGUCUGAUGAUUGCUGACAUUGGUGAUAUCCCCAUCAACACAUAUAGCCUAGCUGCAACAGUUGAUAUUAUAUGCAAACAUAUUGCUGCUAUUGCCAACCUUGGCUGCAAGCCUUUGAUCCUGGGAGGUGAUCACACCAUCACUUAUCCAAUACUGCAGGGAAUUAAGGUUAAAGUCCUCUUUGAUAUCCAUUGUCUAAUUUCUCUUGACAAAGUCAUCAUACGUCUCUGGGACCAUCACCAAAUGUCCCUCUUAGACAGCAGAGGAGGUCUUUGGUCACUUUCUUUUACUAGAUAUCCAGUUUAGAGGGCAGGUCAUUUCACCUAUGGAUGAAUGGGGGAGCGCGGGCAGCCAUUUUGCUAGGGGGUCAUUUUCAAAAUAUUGAUUGGUAUUGGGGGGUCAUUUUCAAACAAGGGAGUACUACCCGGGGGUGUAAUUUUAAUAAAUUUUGUGACAGAAGUACAAAGCAGUAAGGAGCAUGAAUUGAAAUUGAAUGUGACAGCUAAAAAUGGUGAAGCAAACUUUCUCAAACUGGCCAGCCCACCCUCACAGGUUACAAAUGACCAGCCCCUAGGGACGGAGUCCAUUAAGAGAGUUGAAUGUAAUCUGUGUCACUGAAUUCAGUGCCGUGGUUACAGAAAAUUUUUUGAAUCAGUGGCGGAUCCAGGGGAGCGGCCUUAUUUUUAGACUAAACUGAGGCCCGAAGGGCCAGAAAAAAUUUGGGGAGGAGACCCGGUCCCCCCUUAUCUAAGGGUCUGGAUGACCGCCCCCCGCCCCUUAUCUCAAGGUCUGGAUCUGGCACUGUGAAUAGUGACAGUCCAGUAUUUGCUGAAUGUGAGCCCUAGCCCAAUUGCACAGGGAACCCACCCAACAGGGCAUGAAAAGGCAGUCAAUAGUCAUGAUAAUAUCUGGGUCACUUGCACCUGCCNGGCCAGAAAAAAUUUGGGGAGGAGACCCGGUCCCCCCUUAUCUAAGGGUCUGGAUGACCGCCCCCCGCCCCUUAUCUCAAGGUCUGGAUCUGGCACUGUGAAUAGUGACAGUCCAGUAUUUGCUGAAUGUGAGCCCUAGCCCAAUUGCACAGGGAACCCACCCAACAGGGCAUGAAAAGGCAGUCAAUAGUCAUGAUAAUAUCUGGGUCACUUGCACCUGCCAUCAACUAAUGCUUCUUUUUGUUUAGUUCAUAUGUACACUUCCUUCAACACCCAGAACUUUGUUGACAAGGUACUUGGGGGAUAGCCAAAAAAUCUUGAGAUCCUAUGGCCUAUGCAAAGUUUACUCUUUACAUAAGAAGCUAACUUGAGGCUAAGAAAUACUGUUUGGCAGAAACAAAAUUGUUUUCAUCUCUUUAACAAGGAAAAGCAUGGUCCAGUUGGUCUUGUCCAUGUAGAUGCUCAUUCAGACACUAGUGAUUCAAUGUUUGGUGAGAAAGUGACACAUGGAACACCAUUUCGCCGAGCAGUAGAGGAAGGUCUGCUGGACUGUAAACGUGUUGUACAGAUUGGUUUGCGUGGAUCAGGUUAUACUGGAAAAGACUAUCAAUGGGCAGAAGACCAGGUACUCUAUACAUAAACUGAUAUUUCCAACAAAUUAAUGUAAUCACUGGUGAAUGAUAAAUGAAAUCUUUAUUAUAAUGUUAAAGAUUGUUUGGUUUGCAUAAUAUUAAUGCAGCUGUAGCAGACAUAUCAUCCUGAUUAUCAAACUCUUGCUGCUUAUUUUAUUGCAUUUGUUGCAUCAGGAUUAUUAUUAACAAUAUUAGAACUUGCGCAUGAAUUACUACCUGUGAAGAAGUGGUUGAUAAUAUUAUUAUGACAGUAUUUCAGAUCCAAGCCCCUUUAGCAAAGAGUUCAAGAGUCAGAGGUGGAAGAAAUAUGGUAAAAUGAGUGUCAUCAUAAAUGCUUCAGAGAUUUCAAGAGCAAAAGAUCAAAUGUUUCAGGGACUCAUGAUUUUCAUACCAUUCACUAAUUAUCUUUAUCUUGUCUAGGGUUUCAGGUUAGUUCUGGCGCAUGAAUGCUGGCACAAGUCCCUGGUGCCACUUAUGGCAGAAGUGCGAGAGCAGAUGGGCAGUGGACCAGUGUAUAUAUCAUUUGAUAUUGAUGGCUUGGACCCAGCUUUUGCUCCAGGAACAGGUGAUGGAGUUUUUUCUUUCCAAAAUGAAUACAACACACUCUGUUAACUCUUUCAAACCCCAGCCAAUCAUGUGUUCAAGUCUUGAGGCUGUAAUUAUAUAAAUGAAACCCGUCAGUGUGGUGUGACCAUGCAAAACAACCCUGUUCAGCAGUUCAUUUUUAGGGAUUGACACUAUUUCUUUCGAGUUUUGUACCAAUUAAAUUAUGGGCUCUUUGAAACUUUGAUUCUGGACACUUGGAGACCUAAAUAAAGUACCAGCUCUGCUGGACUUUCUUUGAGUGCCAUCCAUCAUGGAGUUAAUGAUGUAACUAGAAGACUGUACAUGUGAUAUUAAUUUCUGCAAAGAUUCUGUUCAGGACUGUCUUUUCCUUUUUCGGCUCUUACCAGGUACCCCAGAGAUAGGAGGCCUAACCUCUAUACAAGGAAUUGAAAUAUUAAGAGGUUGUCGUGGAAUGAACGUUGUGGGUGGAGAUAUGGUUGAGGUAAAAUAUAAUCAAUAUACAAAAAUAAUAAGCUAUAAUAAAAUAUAAUCAAUAUACAAAAAUAAUAAGCUAUAAGUCCGAAGUAGUGAAGCAUGUCUACUAUCCAGUUUAAUUGUACACAAUUUUCAGUGUAUAGCUUAAGUUCUUUUCGUAUUUGACAAAUUUCCUCCUCAGAGUCUGUUUCCUAUUCUUCUCUCGAAGAGACACUUUUGAUGGGACAAGCACUUUUGCUUCCAUCUGAGAGAGAUGUCCAUCAUAUAGGGUCACAAAAUAUGACUAAGAAUACCACAAACUAACUCAACAAGGUUUCUCUUGUAGGGACGUGUCCAUUGUGUUGUCCAUUAAAGACUAGUGUUUAUUAUGAGGUAUUGAAUUGACUGUUCUUUCAAAUGAUUGAUUCCAGGUCUCACCUCCAUAUGAUACCACAGGAACUACAGCUCUGACCGCUGCAAACCUGUUGUUUGAAAUGCUGUGUGUUUUACCUGGGGUGAAGUACAAGCCUUAAACAAGCUCUAGUGGCACUCAUGCAAUAGCAUAAUAAUCUCAUCUGCUAUAAAAAUAUUGGUAAUCACGAGGACACCAACUUGUAAUGUAGAUGUUUUCACCCAAGAGAGAGUUAGAGAAAGCCAUCAAAACCAGACAACACUAGACUCAUUGUGACCUUUCUUGAGUCUGUUGAUGGCUUGUGAUAUUUUCUUUUUUCUAUUUCUAUUUUUAUGACAUGCAAUUCGACAUUAGGUCUUUAAUUAUCAUACUUUGAGAUAACAACACUUCACAAUGUUACAACAUACAAUAAAUUUAUUGUUACUCUGUUGGGGACCUUAAGAAGUUACAUUGCACAUAACUAACAAAAAAAAAUCUUUUGUCUCCUUUUACACACUUCUAGCUGUAUUAAUUAUGAAGAGGUAAGCUGUUUUGAUGGCUACCAAAAUGAUGAAGGGUAAACCAACCUACUUUUGAGCAGGUCAUUUAAAAAGGCUUUAAUGUCUAUUGGAGAAAAAAACUUCUCCCUGUCCCAUGGUCAAGUAAAUGGAAAUCUGACUAUUUGAGUUCAUAGUCCCUUGAAACCACACAUGCCAGUGAUGUAAUAUUGUGGAGUCUUAGAUGUAUGAAUUCUCAGAAAAAAAAAUUGAAAUAAAAAGAAAACAUUUUUUCUCAUUUUCUGCUUCUUUUGCUAUUCAGAGGAUGAUUCAGAAAAAUAUACAUAAAUCUCCCACGGAACAGGUUCAGAAUAGUGUUACAGUUAAGACAGAUCAAGCAUAUCCCCAUAAAUUCUAUCACAGAAUUCAUUACUUGAAAAUUGAAUGCAUUACUUGUUUGUGACACUCACCCUAUUAAAAAUGGAUCAAUUUUUACAUAAUCAGUUCUUUAAUAGAAUACUACGUAUAUGUUUGAACUGGCUUGACUGUAAUCCUUCCUUCUGAUAAAAAAAAAAAGGAAGCCUGCUCCGUAAGGAACUAUGUAUGAUCUGGGAACGUAUUUUUCUGAAAUCGUACAUUUUUCCCAUACAAUAAAUAAUAUAAAACUCUCAAAACCUGAUAAAAUUCAUUCCUGUACAUAGUAUACCUAGCUUAGUAAUAACUACUUCUGUAAAAAGUAAAAACCUAAAAAAUGAAAAAUACUGCUAGGAUUGAUUCUUGUGUGAUAAAUUUGUAAACCUGUGUGUCGCAGUAUUUCAGAUAUAUUACCAUUCUAUAUUAUCACAAAGGGCCAAAUCCUAAACCCAAAUAUUGUUGCAACUGCUUUUGCCCUAGAGAUGAAGACAGGAAUGGUCUGGCUGGUCAGUUCUGACAAUUGGAAAGCGCCCUUACACCUUGAAUAGUAGUCUUCAACACAACUGCAUAUUGUGUAAUCUAAACUUUAGAAUACCUGGUUUUCAUGAGCAAGCCUAAUGAUUUAUGCAAAGACAACAAAGCUACAGUUAUGCUUAUAAAGCCCGGUCCAUUAAUUGAAAAAUAUCUCCCUGUUUGUAUAUGAAAAUGUCCUGGAUUUGCAGAGAAGAAUGCUGGUCCAAUUGUUUUACAUAUUGCGUGCUACCCCUAGUGUUUUCCUAGGGUGGUACUCUGGAUUUCAAGUGACAGGGAUGAUCGAAUGGGUGCGAAAUUCAAAACCCAAAAAACUCCCUACGGCUUCAAACAAUACCCCAAAAAAUCCCAGUCAAAAAAUUUUCCAAAGGAACUAUGCUACCAAAAAUAGCUGUACACCCUUCUUGACACACAAAUGAAAAUCCGACCCCACCAUAGUCACAACAGGGCGUGAAAACCGACCCCCCCCGCGGGCCAAUCCCUGUUAGGUUUUUUAAGGGGAUAAUAACCCCCCCCCCCCCCCCCCCACGUGUCAAAGACCCUGGCCAUGGGGAUGAGGCUGCUUGAAAGCUGUUUCAGAAAAGACUUCUCCUUAAAAAGCUUCCACUCUGAAAUAAAAGGGGUGUUGGUAGGAACAUAUCACUGAUCAAUGUCUUGUUUUGCAGCCUUGGCCCAAGACAAAUAAGAGCAGAGUCUUGUAUGCUUCGUCCAUACAACAAUGUCACUGGAGCUGCCCCAUUUGAAAGUCUGAUGAUUGCUGACAUUGGUGAUAUCCCCAUCAACACAUAUAGCCUAGCUGCAACAGUUGAUAUUAUACGCAAACAUAUUGCUGCUAUUGCCAACCUUGGCUGCAAGCCUUUGAUCCUGGGAGGCGAUCACACCAUCACUUAUCCAAUACUGCAGGGAAUUAAGGUUAAAGUCCUCUUUGAUAUCCAUUGUCUAAUUUCUCUUUACUAAGUCAUCAUACGUCUCUGGGACCAUCACCAAAUGUCCCUCUUAGACAGCAGAGGAGGUCUUUGGUCACUUUCUUUUACUAGGUAUCCAGUUUAGGGGGCAGGUCAUUUCACCUAUGGACGAAUGGGGAAGCGCGGGCAGCCGUUUUGCUAGGGGGUCAUUUUCAAAAUAUUGAUUGGUAUUGGGGGGUCAUUUUCAGACAAGAGAGUAUUACCCGGGGGUGUAAUUUUAAUAAAUUUUGUGACAGAAGUACAAAGCAGUAAUGAGCAUGAAUUGAAAUUGAAUGUGACAGCUGUAAAUGGUAAAACAAGAUUUCUCAGAAUGGCCAGCCCGCUGUCACAGGUUACAAAUGACCAGCCCCUAGGGAAGGAGUCCAUUAAGAGAGUUGAAUGUAAUCUGUGUCACUGAAUUCAGUGCCGUGGUUACAGAAAAUUUUUUGAAUCAGUGGCGGAUCCAGGGGAGCGGCCUUAUUUUUAGACUAAACUGAGGCGCGAAGGGCCAGAAAAAAUUUUGGAAGGAGACCCGGUCCCCCCUUAUCUAAGGGUCUGGAUGACUGCCCUCCGCCCCUUAUCUAAAGGUCUGGAUCCGGCACUGUGAAUAGUGACAGUCCAGUAUUUGCUGAAUGUGAGCCCUAGCCCAAUUGCACAGGGAACCCACCCAACAGGGCAUGAAAAGGCAGUCAAUAGUCAUGAUAAUAUCUGGGUCACUUGCACCUGCCAUCAACUAAUGCUUCUUUUUGUUUAGUUCAUAUGUACACUUCCUUCAACACCCAGAACUUUGUUGACAAGUUAGUUGGGGGAUAGCCAAAAAAUCUUGAGAUCCUAUGGCCUAUGCAAAGUUUACUCUUUACAUAAGAAGCUAACUUGAGGCUAAGAAAUACUGUUUGGCACAAACAAAAUUGUUUUCAUCUCUUUAACAAGGAAAAGCAUGGUCCAGUUGGUCUUGUCCAUGUAGAUGCUCAUUCAGACACUAGUGAUUCAAUGUUUGGUGAGAAAGUGACACAUGGAACACCAUUUCGCCGAGCAGUAGAGGAAGGUCUGCUGGACUGUAAACGUGUUGUACAGAUUGGUUUGCGUGGAUCAGGUUAUACCGGAAAAGACUAUCAAUGGGCAGAAGACCAGGUUCUCUAUACAUAAACUGAUAUUUCCAACAAAUUAAUGUAAUCACUGGUUAAUGAUAAAUGAAAUCUUUAUUAUAAUGUUAAAGAUUGUUUGGUUUGCAUAAUAUUAAUGCAGCUGUUGCAGACGUAUAGUCCUGAUUUUCAAACUCUUGCUGCUUAUUAUAUUGCAUUAGAACUUGUGCAUGAAUUACUACCUGUGAAGAAGUGGUUGAUAAUAUUAUAAUGACAGUAUCUCAGACUUGCUAAGACCUUUUUUCUUAAUCCAAGCCCCUUUUGCAAAGAGUUCAAGAGUCAGAGGGGGAAAAAAUAUGCCAAAUGAGCGUCAUCAUAACUGCUUCAGAGAUUUCAACAGCAAAAGUUCAAGUGUUUCAGGGACUCAUGAUUUUCAUACCAUUCACUAAUUAUCUUUAUCUUGUCUAGGGUUUCAGGUUAGUUCUGGCGCAUGAAUGUUGGCACAAGUCCCUGGUACCACUUAUGGCAGAAGUUCGACAGCAGAUGGGCAGCGGACCAGUGUAUAUAUCAUUUGAUAUUGAUGGCUUGGACCCAGCUUUUGCUCCAGGAACAGGUGAUGGAGUUUUUUUCUUUCCUAAAUGAAUACAAACUCUGUUAACUCUUUCAAACCCCCAGUUGAUCAUGUAUUCAAGUCCUGAGUCUGUAAAUGAAAUUCUGUCAGUGUGGUGUGACCAUGUAAAACAACCCUGUUCAGCAGUUAAUUUUUAGGGAUUGACACUAUUUCUUUAGAGUUUUGUACCAAUAAAAUUAUGGGCUCUUUGAAUCCUUGAUUCUGGGCACUUGGAGACCUAACUAAAGUACCAGCUCUGCUGGACUUUCUUUGAGUGCCACCAUCAUGGAGUUAAUGAUGUAACUAGAAAACUGUAUGUGAUAUUAAUUUCCGCAAAGAUUCUGGUCAGGACUGUCUUUUCCUUUUUCGGUUCUUACCAGGUACCCCAGAGAUAGGAGGCCUGACAUCUAUACAAGGAAUUGAAAUAUUAAGAGGUUGUCGUGGAAUGAACGUUGUGGGUGGAGAUAUGGUUGAGGUAAAAUAUAAUCACUAUACAAAAACAAUAAGCUAUAAGUCAGAAGUAGUGAAGCAUGUCUACUAUCCAGUUUAAUUGUACACAAUUUUCAGCGUAUAGCUUAAGUUCUUUUCGUAUUAAAAUUUUUGACAAAUCUCCUCCUCAGAGCCUGUUUCCUAUUCUUCUCUCGAAGAGACACUUUUGAUGGGACAAUCACUUUUGCUUCCAUCUGAGAGAGAUGUCCAUCAUAUAGAGUCACAAAAUAUGACUAAGAAUACCACGAACUAACUCAACAAGGUUUCUCUUGUUGGGAGGUGUCCAUUGUGUUGUCCAUUAAAGACUAGUGUUUAUUAUGAGGUAGUGAAUUGACUGUUCUUUCAAAUGAUUGUUUCCAGGUCUCACCUCCAUAUGAUACCACAGGAACUACAGCUCUGACCGCUGCAAACCUGUUGUUUGAAAUGCUGUGUGUUUUACCUGGGGUGAAGUACAAGCCUUAAACAAGCUCUAGUGGCACUCAUGCAAUAGCAUAAUAAUCUCAUCUGCAAUAAAAAUAUUGGUAAUCACGAGGACACCAACUUGUAAUGUAGAUGUUUUCACCCAAGAGAGAGUUAGAGAAAGCCAUCAAAACCAGGCAGCACUAGACUCAUUGUGACCUUUCUUGAGUCUGUUGAUGGCUUGUGAUAUUUUCUUUUUUUCUAUUUCUAUUUUUAUGACAUGCAAUUCGACAUUAGGUCUUUAAUUAUCAUACUUUGAGAUAACACUUCACAAUGUUACAACAUACAAUAAAUUUAUUGUUACUCUGUUGGGGACCUUAAGAAGUUACAUCGAACAUAACUAACAAAAAAAAUAUUUUGUCUCCUUUUGCACACUUCUAGCUGUAUUAAUUAUGAAGAGGUAAGCUGUUUUGAUGGCUACCAAAAUGAUGAAGGGUAAACCAACCUACUUUUAAGCAGGUCAUUUAAAAAGGCUUUAAUGUCUAUUGGAGAAAAAAACUUCUUCCUGUCCCAUGGUCAAGUAAAUGGAAAUCUGACUAUUUGAG